AUGCGCUGCCGAGGCUUCUCUUCCUACCUUGUGACCCCGAAAGAGCUCGACGAAGCUCUCAAGAAGAAUGCUCCUACUGCCAUUUCCACGGCUCCUAAAGUCAUUCCCAUCUGUGCCGCCUGGUUCAUGCCCAACGACCCCGAGAAAAGAACAGGCCUCCAGGUUUUCCUUAAGAAAAGAAUACCCACUGCUCGUUUCUUUGACAUUGACGAGAUAAAGGACCAAGAGUCGGAAUGGCCACACAUGCUCCCCACCUGCGACGCUUUUGCGGACGCAAUGUCCAAGAUGGGAGUCAGACGGGAGGAUGAAGUGGUGGUAUACGAUACUGAAGAGCUCGGUUUGUUCUCUGCUCCUCGUGUGGCCUGGACCAUGCGGGUCUUUGGCCACCCCAAAGUCCACAUUCUCAACAAUUUCCGUCUUUGGGUCAAGGAAGGUUACCCUAUCGAAACGGGUCCUCCAGAAGUUCCCAACAUCACCAAGUAUCCGGUCCCGGCAUACAAUACGGACAUGGUGGUGAAAUUCGCAGAGAUGAAAACAAUAGGCUACGAUAAUGGCAAAGAAGGCUCAGAAGAGAUCCAGAUACUUGAUGCUCGGUCCAAAGGUAGAUGGGAAGGUACAGAACCAGAACCGAGAGCUGGAAUCAGAAGUGGGCACAUGCCUGGAUCAACAAGCCUGCCUUUCCAAGAAUUGCUGGAUCCCGAGACCAAGGCGUUGCUUCCUCAAGAAGAGCUGAAGAAGAUCUUCGAGAGCAAGCAACUUGACCCCAAAACGCCAUUCAUCACCACAUGUGGCACUGGUGUGACCGCAGCUAUCAUCGAGGCGGCCCUCAAGGAGGCGGGGUUUGGCUCAGAGCAUGACCGUAGAUUAUAUGAUGGCAGCUGGACGUAA